AAAAUCAAUUUAUUGUUGCGGGGGUGAAUGACAAGUUGGAGUCGAAGCACGAUGCGGCUUUAAGGGUGGGGAUGGUGUUUGGAUAUGCUUGGAAACGAAACGGUGCGUUUUCUCGGAAAGAGGUGGAGCGGUUAGUCCAAAAGGCCAUCCUGAAAUUAACCCUAGAAUGGUAAUCUAACCAUGAUCCGAGGUAAAAUCAUUUAGGCGGGAAAUUCCCCAAAUUAUACCAUCUUUUUGCAAUCCCCCCCAUCCCUGUCGACUAUCCUUCACUUGUCUCUGAAGAAAUGGCCGGUGGUUGUCGGACAAAUUCGCCGGCGGUGAAGAAGACCGCCGUGGACGAAAAAGUGCCGGAUAAAGAUUACAUCGGUGAAGACUCGGUGAUCGUUGUGGAUGAUUCGUCUUUGGAAUCGGAAAUCGCGGAGCUUCGUGGACGAUGGGAACUGGCGUCUGUUUUCAAUUUCUUGAGCGUUUUCGAGCCACUUAUUGGUAGUGAUUUGAAAUUGACAGCAGAGGAGAUCGAGACUGGUCUUGUUACGCCCAACGGUUCGCUUGCUCAACUUCACAUUAAGUUAUUGAAGGGGAUACCACCUGUGAGUAAAACAUUGAAUGGCUCUGAUGCAUGGGUGACUGUACUUUGUAAGAAAAUUGCUCUAUGGUGGCCAUGGGUUGCUGAAGGCGAGAUGCCCUUGACUGUAGCCAAUGGAAAGGAGAUAUCCAGAUACAAGGAACUAGAUCCAACAGAUCGUUUACGAAUUCUGAAAGCGCUUUGCGAAAUCCGUGCUGAUCAAGAUGAUGCUGUGUCAUAUAUUAAUGAGACUUUGAAAAAUGGAACUGAAAUUUCCUGUUUCCGCAAAGAUAAGAUUGGGGAAGAUGGAAAUAUAACUUCUUACUGGUGUGAUGGAAGUGCAGUCAUUGGCCAUAGAUUGUACAAGGAAGUAAAGAAGACUGAGCCGAAGUCAAAAAUGAAAGGGAAAGCAUCAAAUAAUCUACCAUCUACCUCUCUUCAAUGGGAAACCUUAGCAACCAAUCUUAAGGAAUUUCGAGAAGUUGUGGAUGAACUUUCAUCUAGCAAGGUUGCGGGAGAAAUUGCUGUUGGCAAAACUAUUGAAACCAAUUUUCUCCCUGUUGUUGAGAAAUUUCAGAAGAAGAAAGAAAGGGCACUCAAACAAAAACAAAGGCAAGAAAGGCUCCUCAAUGAUUUUAGAUCCUAUGAGACUGGGAUUACUCGUACCUGUCGCAGUCAUAGGUCUAUCAGUUACACAUUUGAUGAGUAUGAUCGUGCAAUUGAUGAGGCUAUAGAAAUAUCAAAGAAAAGGAAGAAAGAGCAAAGGAACGAGAAGAAGCAUAGUAAGCUGGAAAAAUUGGGAUCUGAUGGUGCAGACUUGAGAGAAAGACAUUUUGAAAAUGGUGAUUCAGAGGUGGGUACAGACUCAAAAGAUGAAAAUAUUAAAAACUCGGACAGUGAAACUCAAAGUGAUAGGAUUCAACAAGAUACUGAUGGUGAUGGUGAUGGUGAUGAUGACGACGACGAUGAUGAUGAUUAUGACUGCAAAAGCAGUAAUAAUGAAGAUGGCAAUGAGUCUGGCAAAUCUGGUGAGGAAAAGGACAUUCUUAGUGACAGGAACUGUUCUCAGAAGCCUGCUGGGACACGAUGGAGUAAAAGGCUGGCUGGAGUUAUGAACAAUCCUGUUACGGAAAUCAGAAACUUGGCUACAAAGAAUAGGUUGAGGCAAAGACUGACUCAUAACUCUGCUGUCGAUCCUAUUGUGCUUGAUUCAGAGGAUGAAAACUUCUCAGAAAACACAAAUGGUUAGAUGUCUAGACGUGAAGUUGUUACCAGUAGCAAAUUCAGAAGAAUCCAGUGAUGGUUAACUUAUAAACAGAAUCAAAUAUGCUCAAAGUGAUUGUCCUUGAGUAUUUUGUUAUAGCAAGGAAAUUUUUGGUGCACAUAUAUGGAAAUAUGGAAUAUGUUAUUAUAUAAUCUAUACCGUAGUUGAACCUAAUUUCUUGUAAAUUUCUUGAAAGGUCUAUAGAAAGUUACUAUUUUAUGGUA